AUGUAUGGACCUAUCAGAUGUUUCCUAAUCACAAAUGAAUUUCCAAAUGAUAAUACCUAUUUGAAAACCGGCAUCUGUGAAUUAAGUAGUGUUUACCCGGAAAGUGCAACAGCGGAUAUUGGUUGGAAAGUAUAUGGGCGCAUUGUGGACGGUUCCUGGGGCAACUGGUUGAACUGGGGCGCCUGCUCAGUAACAUGCGGAGAUGGAACAAGAUCAAGAUCAAGGUCAUGUAAUAAUCCGUCACCUAGCAACGGAGGAGAACAAUGUCAAGGGUCAAAUGUCAACAGUCAAAAUUGUAACAUAAAGGAGUGUAACACAUUUGUUAAUGGUGUCUUAUUGAGUGAAGAUGUAACAACGUGGGCAUCUGCAAAGGCAGCCUGUGAAGCUUUGUCCGCCAGGCUCGUUAUACUCGAAAGUCAAAAAGAGAUAGACGACAUGAUGACAUCAUUCAAUAUAUUAGGUUUUGAUCACUGGAUUGGAAUGACAUGUACCGCGGGCUCUAAUUGUGUGUGGAUUGACGGUCGGUCUGUUAGCUCUGGAUUUCAGGCAUGGGCGCCUAAUGAGCCUAACUGGGGUGACUGCGUAUAUAUCGGUAUGCGGUCGAAACUCUGGGAUGACACUGGGUGUACAGUUGUAAAAAGAUAUAUUUGUGAACAUAUUUGAAUUAAACGCAUCAUGUGACUAACAUUUAUUUUAUAAAGAAAACGGAUUUGAAUUGAUAGUGAAAAAAAAAAGAAAAAAGAUAUUUGAAUCAACCGUGACAAACAUAAUUUCUAAAAAAAACGGAUUUGAAUCAAUCGUAACUAACAUUAUUUCUUUACAAGAAAACCAGAUUUUAAUCAAGCUAGAGUAACAUUAUUUUUUUACAAGUAAACAAGAUGUGAACCAAACUGACUCACUUCAUUAUUUUGCAAGAAAACCGGAUUUGUAUACAACGUGACCAACAUUUGUUUUUUACAAGAAAACCAGAUUUCAACAAAGAGCAUACCGUGACAAACAUAAGAUAAUAAAUUUGAAUCAAGCGUUACAAACAUUUAUUUUUAGAAGAAAAACAGACUUGAAUUAAGCAUGUCCCACCUUCAUGUUAACAAGAAAAACAUAUGUGAAUCAACCCUGACUAGCAUUAAUAUUUAAAAGAAAACCAGAUUGGAAUCAACCGUGACUAAUUUGAAUAAAGAAUGACUAGUUUUAUUUGUAACGAAAAAUAAAUCAAGCGUGACAUUUUUUUUUAUUUUUAAUGUUGACUUCUGGUUAAGCCUCUGCUGGUUUUGGGUAUGGACGAUAACUUACUUUUUCAAGUACCGUCUUUGAGAACAGCCUGACAUAUUUUCAAAUUUAUUUUCUGGACGUUCUUAAGGGAUUCCUAUUUCUCUAUUUUAAUUUGAAUUUUAACAAAACUUGAAAUGAUAUUGUGCCCAAAAAGAAUCAUAGACCGACCAAAAUACCAUUGUGUGGCAUUAAGGGAACAAGUUCAAAUGAGUGUCAUAUGAGCUGGGAAAAAGAUUUUUCGAAAUUCUCUCAAAUUUCCCCAAUUUUGUGUUCACACAAAACACGUUUAUAUCCGGUGUCCUAUACUGGCAACAACGAAAAAUUGAUUGUUUUUAUGGAGGUUGUUGAAUGAGCGUUGUUUCAAUACUAAAUUUAUUGAAUGAGUUUUAAAAAAAUUAGAGUUAUAAAAUAAUAUCAUGGGAACAUUUCAAUAAAUGUUUAAAUAAACCUACAUAUAUUUAUUUUAUCACAUACUGAAAGAUCCAAAAACGGUAUUUAGUUACUAUAAACACCAAUUAAUUUAAUGACACGUCUUUAUCCACGGGAGUGGAACCCCAUAUGUAUCUCAAAAAUGAGCACCGGUAAAAAUUAUAAUAUAGAUGCGAAUUUCUGCUGCACCUGUGAAGAAUAACACCAGAUGUGACUAAAAAUAGGUCAAUUGCAGGGUACAUUUUCAUCUGUUACGAUACCUUUACAAAGUUCAUUACUUCCGGUUUGGUUUGUCUAAGUUACAUAUCCUGUUUAAGUGAAUUGUUUAUCAUACGAGUACUAUCUGCUCUGCGUCAUCAUUUUCAUGUUCUCGGGCCUUUUAGUAUUUCUAAUGCUAGUUUUUUACAAUUUAAAGCGCACGUUUACGUUGUUAAACUAAUAUACAUGACACUGUUGGGUUUUCCUACGGAAAUUGCGGUGUCAUACAAAAUGAAAUUGCACGUUGCAAAACUCAUCUUUGAUGAUACGGGUUUUCAACUGUUUUCAGUUGCAUAACUUUAAUAUGCAAACAAAUUGAAAGAAAAAGAAAAAAAAACUUCUAUCUAAUGUUUACAAACAUAUUUGAUUCGUGCCCUCUUGUAACAUAAUUUUGUACAUACUAUUUGUAAGAAACACAUUUAAAAAAUAACCUGACAGCAAUAAUUCCUGACCAAAUUUUUAAUUUAAGGUUUUCUUAUUGUUAUUUAGUUAUGUUUUCAAAUUUUCCGUUUUGUGCUUUCUUGAGGGAUUCGGGUAUUAUCUAUGUGAGAACAAGAAUCUUUCUACAACGAAUUGUUACUUUGUUUCAUUUGUUGAAUGUACCCACCUAUUGUAGCGUAAAUUGACAUUUUAAUAACGCAUUUCAGUUCAUGGACUUUCCUGCAAUAUCCGAUUAACAGGCUCAACGAUUGCGAGCCUGCAAACUUUUUACAAUUUAAAAGUGUUAGGCAAUUAUUCAUUCUCUUAUUCAAAUUAGACGUUUUAAGUACGAUUUUUUCCUUCAUUGCAAUAAAAUUAUGCGAUAAAAAUAGUUAACUUUAGGGAUGACCAUAGUAUAUCUUUAAUGCAAAUUUUCUUCCUAGCAGAUUCAAUUUUCUUAAAGCUUGUAAAAUGCUGGAUGACGUACAUGGUUGUUUGCACUUACAACUUCAAUCCAAGAAGACGCUUACUUAAAUUUCGAUUUUUAUUUAAAUUCGCAUGGGUCGUCUGUGACCGAGUGGGUAAGACCGUUGACUUCAAACUACUAACUUCUCUUCACUGCGGGGUUUGGACCUGAUAUAGUUUAUUCUAUCUAAGCAGGCUAUCUAGUUUGCUGACGGAAUCCCGGUGGUAUCACUCAGGUGCCCUUUAGUCACUAAAAUAAUACAACUGAGGUAUUCUGUCAUAAGUAAAUCUGGUUAGCCGCCAUAUCACCUUCACAUUGAUGUUGCCUCGUAAAAUCCAACAACUCUGCUUAUUGUUUCUCCUUUAGGGCAUUUUGUGUACAUUAAUUUAACGUAUACAAAUAGUAUUUUUGAAAAAGAGUAUCGAAUCACGAGACUAUCUUAUUUGUACCAAUAUCAGAUUGCCAAGUAUUUUGAUGUUCUCUCUCUUUUGUAUAAUAGUAAAAAAAACAUACUUUCCCUGUCGUUACAAUAUGAAACCCUUGAAAUAAAUGUAGCCAUUGCAUGGGCAUCUGAAUAUGAGUUUCCCUUGCCCGUCGUCAUAGAAAUCCCGAGAAAUAAUGUAGUCAUUCAACGGGUGUGAUCUAUAUAAUAGAUUUUUAUACUUUAAAAAAUAGCAAACGAGA